AAAAAAAAACUUCCCAACUCAUAAAUUAUUAAUUCACAAAUCACAAUCAUAUUCUUCCGAUUUCCCAAUCUCUCUCGAUCUCUCCGCCUAAUAUCUGUUUUCGUUUUUGUUUCCAAAUUAAUUCCAACUCCACCAAUUUUUUGCAAUCGAAUCGAUCGAAUCCGAUGAGCACAGGCGAGCUCCUCAGCAUCGAGCCUCUGGAGCUCAAGUUCCCCUUCGAGUUGAAGAAGCAGAUCUCCUGUUCGCUCCAGCUCUCGAAUAAGACCGAUAGCUACGUCGCCUUCAAGGUCAAAACUACGAACCCGAAGAAGUAUUGUGUUCGUCCGAACACCGGAGUUGUCUUGCCUCGAUCCACAUGUCAUGUUAUAGUUACAAUGCAAGCCCAAAAAGAGGCUCCUCCGGACAUGCAAUGUAAGGACAAGUUCCUCCUCCAGAGUGUAAAAACUAACGAUGGUGCAACGACAAAGGAUGUUACUCCUGAAGUGUUCAAUAAAGAGGCGGGACAUGUGGUUGAGGAGUGCAAAUUGAGAGUGGUAUAUGUUCCUCCACCUCAACCCCCUUCUCCGGUUCCAGAAGGUUCAGAAGAAGGGUCUUCACCAAGGGUUUCUGCUACAGAGAAUAAAAAUGUGAACAGUUCUGAGUUUUCCAAUGCUGCAAAAGCAUUUACUGAGCUUGAACCUCAGGAGAGAUCUGCAGAGGCAAGAUCACUUAUUUUGAAAUUGACAGAGGAAAAGAAUAAAGCAAAUCAACGAAGUAACAGGCUUCGUCAAGAGCUGGAACUCUUGAAGCGUCAAGGGAGCAAAAGUCGUGGUGGCGUUUCAAUCCUUUUCCUCAUUAUUAUUGGCUUAAUUGGAUUACUUUUGGGUUAUCUCAUGAAGAAGUCGUGGGUCUUGAUCGAUCUUAGGUGCUGGAACUCUAGAUUAGCGUGUGGGACUGAUCUUCGGAAAGCUUACAUUCUUUUUGCAACUUAAAAGGGAUUAUUUCACUUUGUUUCUUUUGUGGUUCGACGUGAGAGAUUUUGGUUAACUGUAUCUUUGAUGGUUAAUAAUUUAGGAUGAGGUUCCUCUCCGGUUCCUCUUUGUGAGGAUUCUGGGAUCACUUUAUGAGCGGACAUAAAGUGAUCUCCGGGAUCCUCACAAAUAGGAUCCGGAUAGUAUCCUAUUCCAAUAAUUUAUACAUCUCACUGUGAUGUAAAACACAAGUUUGGUUGUUUUAUACUAUUGGUGCUUGUUCAAUUUUGUUA